AGCCUCGGCUCAAGCUCUGCAUCAUUGGAUGCUCGCGGAGGGACAGGAGGCCUCAUGGGGCAGGGCCUUUGCAAAUGCGACCAACAUGAAGCCACAAGCGCCAACAUCGAUGUUUCCUCAGUCCCAGUCCUGACGGACCAGGUGAAGCUUGCCAAGGCAAGCUUCAUGGGUGGAAUCCUGAAUGGCUCGUGGUUCCGGAGAGGCGAUAAUGUGUUCCUGGGAAACAUCAAGGACGACACGAUCUCAUGGGUGCCUGGGUUUAAUCACCCGCCCUGCAACUUGACAGAGGUGGAUUCACUUCGAAUCAGCAUCUUGUUGGAGGGGAAAACGCACAACGGAGCUGUCUCGAAGAAGGGAACAGAGACCACGAUAGUCUGGAGCGAUGGAGAAGUUUGGUUCAAGAAGUGAGACUGGGGCUCCGAGCUUGCGCUCAACCUUUUUCAGGCCCAUAAUCUCAGAGCAGAUACUUGCUAUUGGGCAGAGACGUUUCACGGCCUAAUAUAGCGAAUGGCAAAUGCCAACCGCAUAAAUAGAUACAAGCAAAAUUG